UGGGUGGGACUCAAGGCUGGGUCUUCUAAUACCAGGUUCUAACUUCUUCCUACCUUAUUCCCUACUUCUCCACGUAAGCUGUGUCAGAGGAAGGCUCAGACAUUCCACAAGAAGAAAGAAUGAGAAGGAAAGGAAAGUACUGAAGAACUAGAAAGGGAAGAUGGUGGGGGAAGGAGGUGUUUUAUUAGGAAGGAAAUCUAACCACUCUCAAUCGUCCCAUAUGUCCCUUAAGUGGAAACAGUGCCACAAGUUGCUCUACUGUAAAUUAAUCCUUUGCCCUUCGGACUACAGCUACUGUUAGAGAAUCACGCUGGAGACUUAAAAGUCUAAAAGAAAAAUUUAAAGAUUUUUCUCAUCUGAGGUUCUGACAGCUGAACCUAGCCCAUCCCACAAAGGCCCUUGGGAGCCGAAGAAACAGUGAAGUGUGGGAGAAUCAAGGGAAGACGGCUUCGGUUGAGGGGAUACCACUCACUGGGAUUCAGGCGAGUUUACUUUCUUCCGUGGGAAUCGCACCAGAGUUGGAGAUAUGAUAGAAGACUGCCUGAAAGCUGCUUCCUUUGCCACUUCCUGUGGAGGCCUGUCUUUGCCAUUCGCGGUUUCUUUCUUCUUUUGGUCAGCACCCUGCAAGGAGGUAGUAAGAUAUCCAGUUGUGAAACUGGGAAAGGCCAGAGCUCUUGGAUUAGGGAAACAUGUCCCGUCGGAAACAGACAAAUCCAAAUAAAGUUCACUGGGAUCAAGUAUUUGCUGGGCUAGAAGAGCAAGCCCGCCAGGCGAUGAUGAAAACUGAUUUUCCUGGAGACCUUGGCAGUCAGCGACAAGCUAUCCAACAGCUAAGAGAUCAGGACUCCAGUAGCAGUGACAGUGAAGGUGAUGAAGAGGAGACCACACAAGAUGAAGUCUCUUCCCACACAUCAGAGGAAGAUGGAGGGGUAGUCAAAGUGGAAAAAGAGUUAGAAAAUGCAGAACAGCCUCUUGGUGGGAACGAAGUGGUAGAGCAUGAGGUCACAGAGAAUUUGAAUUCGGACCCUUUACUUGGACUCUGCCAGUGUCCCCUCUGCCAGCUAGACUGUGGGAGUCGGGAGCAGCUGAUUGCUCACGUAUACCAGCACACUGCAGCGGUUGUGAGCGCCAAGAGCUAUAUGUGUCCUGUCUGUGGCCGGGCCCUGAGCUCCCCCGGAUCAUUGGGUCGCCACCUCUUAAUCCACUCGGAGGACCAGAGGUCUAACUGUGCUGUGUGUGGAGCCCGUUUCACCAGCCAUGCCACGUUUAACAGCGAGAAACUUCCUGAAGUACUUAAUAUGGAAUCCCUACCCCCAGCCCACAGUGAGGGCCCCUCCAGUGCUGAGGGGAAGGACAUUGCCUUUAGUCCUCCAGUGUAUCCUGCUGGAAUUCUGCUUGUGUGCAACAACUGUGCUGCCUACCGUAAGCUACUGGAAGCCCAGACCCCCAGCGUGCGCAAGUGGGCCCUUCGUCGACAAAAUGAGCCUUUGGAAGUACGCCUGCAGCGGCUGGAACGAGAGCGCACAGCCAAGAAGAGCCGGCGUGACAAUGAGACCCCUGAGGAGCGGGAGGUAAGGCGCAUGAGGGACCGUGAGGCCAAGCGCCUACAGCGCAUGCAGGAGACAGAUGAGCAGCGGGCACGCCGGCUGCAGCGGGAUCGAGAGGCCAUGAGGCUGAAGCGGGCCAAUGAAACCCCGGAGAAGCGGCAGGCCCGGCUCAUCCGGGAGCGCGAGGCCAAGAGGCUCAAGAGGAGGCUGGAGAAAAUGGACAUGAUGUUGCGAGCUCAGUUCGGCCAGGACCCUUCUGCCAUGGCAGCCUUAGCAGCUGAAAUGAACUUCUUCCAGCUACCUGUGAGUGGGGUGGAGUUGGACAGCCAGCUCCUGGGCAAGAUGGCCUUUGAGGAGCAGAACAGCAGCUCUCUGCACUGAAUCACAAACACCCUCCUGCCUGCCCUCCUGCUCACUCAAGCCGGAUCGGUGCUGCAGCCACCCACAGGGCCAUGUCUUUGCUGCCAGAGGAAGGCCCAGGUUUGUUGCAGGUGGACCUGUGCACCCCUUGCAUGUCAGAGCAGGAUGAUGGGGUCAGGAGGGACCCAGCUCAAGGCUGGACCAGGGAGCAGGCACUCCAGAGAACUGGACUCCUCAGCCCACUGCUGCAGGGCAUGUUGUAGGACUGUGGGGCCCCAGGGUGGCCCACACAAAUAAAUUAAUUUUAUCAUUA